AUGAAAGAAAGUGUACUUUGCUUAAAAAUGUAUCGUGGUAGUGAUUUAACAUCAACAUGCAAACUAACAGUUCCAGAUUGGGAAAAGGAUUAUGCUGAAGAUUAUAGGAAACAUGUUCGUAGAACAAGCAUUGAUUCUAGUGUACCACAUGUUUUUGUUGUCUUUGGAGCUUCUGGUGAUUUAGCUAAAAAAAAGAUUAUGCCAACAUUAUGGCAUUUAUAUUGUGAACAAUUAUUACCAUAUAAAAUUUCUAUUUUUGGUUAUGCUAGAAGUAAUUUAGAUAAUGUCUCAUGGAGAAAAGGUUUUGAAAAGUAUUGUAGUAUUAAAAGUGGUCAAGAAAAAAAAUUUGACAAUUUCUGUAAUGAUUUAAGAUAUUUUUCUGGUUCAUAUGAUAAAGGAGAUGGAUAUAAAAAAUUAAAUAAUGCAAUUGAAGAAAUAGGUAAUAAUACAUCUCAAGGUGUUAAUAGACUUUAUUAUUUGGCUUUACCUCCAUCAGUUUAUACUGAGGUAACACAACAAAUUCAUGAUCAUUGUAUGGGAGAUGUUACUAAAUGUUGGACAAGAAUUAUUAUUGAAAAACCAUUUGGACAUGAUACUGAUUCAUCAACAAAUUUAUCAAAUCAUCUCUCAAAAUUAUUUAGAGAAGAAGAAAUUUUUAGAAUUGAUCAUUAUUUAGGAAAAGAGAUGGUACAAAAUUUAAUGGUUUUGAGAUUUGGUAAUAGAAUUUUUAAUCCAACAUGGAAUAAAGAACAUAUUUCAUCAGUAACAAUAACAUUUAAAGAAAAUUUUGGAACAGAAGGUCGUGGUGGAUAUUUUGAAAAAAGUGGAAUUAUAAGAGAUGUUAUGCAAAAUCAUCUAAUUCAAAUACUUUCUCUUGUUGCUAUGGAAAAACCAAAAAGUUUAGCAGCAGAUGAUAUUAGAGAUGAAAAAGUUAAUGUAUUAAAAGCUAUAAGACCUAUUUCAUUUAAUGACUAUGUCAUUGGCCAGUAUGUUGGUAAUCCAGAAUCACCAAAUGAAGAAUUUCGUGUUGGAUAUAAGGAUGAUGAAGGUGUAGAUCCAAAUUCAAUUACACCAACUUUUUGUACAUGUGUUUUGUAUAUUGAUAAUGAUAGAUGGCGUGGUGUUCCAUUUUUCCUUCGUUGUGGUAAAGCUUUAAAUGAAAAAAAAGCUGAAGUCCGAGUACAAUACAAAGAUGUUCCAGAUAUUAAAAAAGAUAUUUUUGAUUUUGGUGAAUUAAAAAGAAAUGAACUUGUAAUGAGAGUUCAACCAAAUGAAGCUGUUUAUGUUAAAAUGAACACAAAAAAACCUAAUCUUGAAUUUCAAGUAGAAGAAACUGAAUUAGAUUUAACAUAUAGUUCCAGAUAUAAGGGAGUCCGCCUUCCAGAUGCUUAUGAAAGAUUAAUUCUUGAAGUAUUUUUGGGGUCACAAUUAAAUUUUGUUCGUACAGAUGAAUUAGAUUUAGCUUGGAAAAUUUUUACACCAUUUUUGGAACAUUUGGAAGAAAAUAAAGUUGUACCAGAAGAAUAUGUAUUUGGGUGUAGAGGACCAAAAUCAGCUGAUCAAUUGAUGUAUGAUCAUGGAUUUGUAUAUACAGGAACAUACAAAUGGAAACCAGAAGAAAUUCAUAAUAAACUUUAA